AUGACUUCGGUGAGGUUCAGCAAAGGAGGCGGCUCGUUUAUUUCGUACAUAAACUUCGAAGAGAAGAAAGCGCCGCUCCCCAGCCAGCAAUUGCCGGAGGAAAUGGCAGGCGGCAACGGACUCGAAGAUUGCUGCAAGCCCCGCAUAUCGUCCAAGGAGGUGGUGCUCAACACAGUCACAAGAGUUUUGAAGUUUAGUACUUUCGGUGAUUUGAAUUCAGGAGUGCCCGGCGCGCUGUACUGCACCAAUCUCAAGCUGAGUUUCGUUCCAAUGAAAAAUCUGGCCGAACUCUUGGACGUGGGCACCGACGAAUCGUGGCCGCUGGGGGCGUUUGAUGUUUGUUUGACAAACAUCGAGUCCGUCGAACAGCUCAGUGGGGGGAAGCGGAAGAGACUCGGGCCGUCAUCUGGUCUGGCAUCACCUGUUGAAAUGAUACAGAUAUUCUGUAAGGACUUCAGAGUGUUCACGUUUUCGUUUCGUUUCUCGCCGUCGGAAGAUGUCGUCAAAGCACUCGACUACCUCGGACGACAUCCUUUCGUCAAUUCUCCCGAUCGAUUAUUCGGAUUCGAAGAACCGCCUCAGCAGAACUCAUCCACCAGCGUCCAGAUCUCGAAAAUCAAGGAGCAUGAUUUUCUAUCGCCGUAUGAUACCGGCGCCGAGUGGGGAGCGGAACUGAAGAGGUGUGGUGCUAGUGAGUGUUUUCGAACGACCGACGUCAACAAAAUAUUCGCGUUCAGCGAAAGCCUGCCGCGGAGGUUUGUGAUACCCGCGAAAGUGACGGAUCAUAAGCUGGAUGUCGAGUCGAAACACUACAAAGAUCACCGAGUGAUGUCGUGGAGUUAUACCAAAGGCCGGACACAUCUUCUCCGAGGAUCUUCGCCGGACGCUUCCAGCUCGAAGGAUUCUCGUUACCUUACAUUAUUGGACUGUCAACGAACGGAUUUCGAGGAGUUCGAUAUCGAACUUUCGUGUCCGGGAAUUCGGGAAACCCAUCAGAGUUUUGUGCGUCUCAUGGCGAUUUGCACUCCGAGCAACGUGCAGGAGUUCGACGAUGUCGAUGCCCAUUUCCUCUCGAAGGUAGAAGAGACCCGGUGGCUAGCGAACGUGUCGCUGUGUCUGAAGGAGGCUGUCAAAGUUGCCAAGGUCUUGGCUGGCCAGACCAAGCAAUACAUCCUCGUUCGAGAGAAAACAGGCGUGGACAUGUGUUCGGUCAUAUGUUCAUUAGUUCAGGUCAUCCUAGAUCCGUUCUGCAGGACUUUACGCGGUCUAGAAAACCUCGUCUGCAAGGAAUGGGUCUCGAUGGGUCAUCCCUUCGCCGAGCGUCUUGGCCACAUACGCGGGAUCAGUUGUAAUAACGUUCAGCUAGAGCCGGCACCGAUGUACCUUCUGUUCCUCGAUUGUGUUUGGCAACUACUGCAACAAUUCCCAGCGAGCUUUGAAUUUUCCGAAACAUAUCUCUGUCGAAUGUGGGACCAUAGUCUCGUAGGGUUAUACGACGCCUUCGUGUUCAGUAACAACAAAGAACGCAGUAAAGCCAAGCAAAACGGCUCGGUUUAUCGAAAGCUGUUCGAUUGGGCCGAUUGGCUGAGUGCACAAGAUCUAGAACUUUUGAAGAAUCCUCUCUACCUGCUCGUGGACAGUCGGAACGAACCGCUCACGGACCUCGAUUAUACGAUCAAGGGUCUAGAUGUUUGGGCUCAGUGUUAUUUCCGUUGGAUUCCCAAAUCAGAAAUUGUGAAUGGUGAUCCGGCCAUGUUGUUCACAUUCUACGCUCGUGUGGCCAAAGACAUCAGAGCGCUCCAGAGACAGCUGGAGACUCUGCGCUGCUCGGACUCGGAGCAAGUUACGCUUCGCCAGAAAGAACGCCUUCCCUCCGAUGAGUUCCUCGCAAACUCCAAGCGGACAUCUCGCCUAUUGAAACCUGGUUCUGAUCUGAAGAUUAACGUGAUAACGUCGUCGUUCCCGUUCGCUCCCCCUGGGCCGAUAGACUGGGGCUCAUUUCAUGGAAGUUGUCACACAUCACAGAUUUCCGCCGUAUUGGGAGACAUCAGAGAAGAUUCGACCGAGUGAUCGGCAUAGCCGUCAAAGUCAUACAGCAUGGAACGCCUGGAGCUGCUUGGAGCCUUGAUGUCGGAUUCGUGUUGUGUUGCUGCCGAUGGUGGUGGAGCUGCGGCGGUGGCGGCGGCGAUGAAGAACCAGGGCAUUGUGAAGUGCAAUUUGAAUACGAAUUCGCGAACUAUUUAGCUGGUAGCGUGGGACGUUUGCGAACAUGGGAGGAUAAUCUUAGUCAUGUCUCCAGGAGACACCUGUGAAUGGAGUUACCGGGUAGACUUCGGUAGGAUCUAAUAUAGCUUUGGUUCGAUGGUGCCGGUGAUGUUUAUACCUGUAGUUAUCCAAUUAGACCAUGGAGUUUCCUAUCAGCGGCGAGUGUACGAUUCGCUCCUGAUUCAACGAUUAUAUUCCAUUAUCAUUAUUAUUUUUCUUUUCAUCCCUUGGUGGAUCACUGACUCAGGUCCCGAUCCUGAGUUAUUUGUAGACGAAUUGUCGUCUGGACUGCCGAGACUUCCGGAGGUAUCAUGGAAUUUAGAGAACGUUGCAUAAUACCGCCGUUGAUAGUAAUGUAAUCGAUCACGCGAGGGAAACCAGCAUGCUGGAUGAUUCCGUGUUGAGGGGUUCUGCUGCGAGAUGAUGAAGUCA